AUGGACAAGUACACCAUUCCGUGUGAGCCUGUCGCAAAGUCGGCCUCCAUCGUGGCCGGUGACCACUAUCGCUUCACCUUGAUCAAUGAGACCGUUCUCCGAUACGAAUGGUCUGAAGACGGUGUCUUUGAGGACCGUCCUUCGACGUUUGCCCUCAAUCGACAGUUUCCGACUCCCGAGUUUUCAGUGUCGGAUACGGAUGAGCAGCUCGAGAUAAGGACCUCUUCGUUCCAGGUCACUUAUAACAAGAAGCGCUUCGACAGAUACGGACUUGUUGUUAGCUUCAGCAACAAGAAUACCCUCUGGGGUGCUGAUUGGCGGUAUGGAGAGGUUCCUCAGAACUUGGGUGGGACGGCGAGGACUCUUGAUGAGGUCAAUGGACGCUGCGAAUUGGAGCCUGGUAUUCUGUCUCGAGCUGGAUACUCUGUUCUUGAUGACAGCAAGUCGAUGCUGUUGGACGGGGCUGGGCUGGCAUCGCCUCGGAGACCUGGAGACCGCAUUGAUGGCUAUCUCUUCUGCUACGGCCACGACUACAAGCUCGCCAUGAAGUCUUUCUUUGCCAUCUCGGGCAAGCAGCCACUUCUACCGCGAUGGGCGCUUGGCAACUGGUGGAGUCGAUAUUAUCCCUACACAGACGAGCAGUACCUACAGCUCAUGGAUAAGUUUGAGAAGGAGGAGGUUCCGCUGGCAGUGGCCGUCAUCGACAUGGACUGGCACGAGGUUCACGGUGAUCACAUCCCUCACGCAGGAUGGACGGGCUACACGUGGAACAAGAAGCUGUUCAAGGAUCCAAAGGCCUUCAACAGGGCCUUGCACGACAAGAAGCUCAAGGUUACUCUGAAUGAUCAUCCUCACGCUGGAGUUCAUCACCAUGAGGAUUUGUACGAGGAGAUGGCCAAGGAUCUUGGACACGACACUUCUGCUAAGGCGCCCAUCUUGUUCAACCCUGUUGAUCCCAAAUUUAUGCACUCUUACUUGAACACUCUUCAUCGCAGCCUUGAGAAUGACGGGUGCGACUUUUGGUGGAUUGAUUGGCAGCAGGGGCCUUACUCGAGGGUCGUUGGUCUUGAUCCUCUUUGGCUUCUUAACCACUACCAUUUCCUGGACCACGAGAAGCAGAAUGGCAAAGGCAACGCCAUUAUCUUUUCCCGGUUCGGCGGUCCCGGAAGCCAUAGGUAUCCUGUUGGUUUCUCGGGCGACAGCAUCAUGACAUGGGAGUCUCUCGAGUUCCAGCCCGAGUUCACAGCAACAGCCUCAAAUAUCGGCUACGGAUGGUGGAGCCACGACAUCGGUGGGCACAUGGGCGGAUACCGCAAUCAUGAGCUCGCAGCUCGAUGGGUGCAGUACGGAGUCUUUUCUCCCAUCAUGAGGCUUCACUCGCAGAACGGGCAGUUCACGUCCAAGGAGCCUUGGUUGUACCGACCCGAGUUUGCGGCUGUCAUGAAGAAGUUUCUCCAGUUUCGACAUCGCAUGCUUCCUUAUCUUUACUCGAUGAAUUGGGUAUCGAGAGAGGAUGAUGAGCCUCUUGUGCAGCCGCUCUAUUGGAAGUUUCCCGAGAGGGAUGAGGCUUAUAGUAAGCCGAAUGAGUACUACUUUGGGUCGAGUUUGGUGGUUGCGCCCAUUGUGAAGCCUCGCGGCGUUAGGACCAACUGCGCGCCGGUUGACGUUUGGGUACCUCCUAGUCGGCACGUCGAUAUCUUCACAGGCGUGGUUUACGAUGGUGAUCGGGAUAUCAAGAUGUAUCGAAGCAUCAACGAGAUUCCUGUUCUUGCUCCAGAGGGUGCCAUCAUUCCGCUGGACAAGAAGAGUGAACCCGGGAAUGGCUGCGGAAACCCUGAAAACUUUGAGGUUCUCCCUCCGAGAAAAGGCUGGACCAUCAAGUUUCUAUCGGUAACGGAAAUGCCUGUGGGGGUUCGGGACAACAAGGAUCCGAUAGCGGCAGAGUGCUGGAUUGACGACUAUCCCAAUCUCCCCGGCUUGGUGGUCCAGAUCCCGAAGAUCAAACCCGGAGAGGGGUCGGGGAACCUCUAUAUAGGGCUGGACAGUGGUAACAAGCAGCUGGGCGUGCUUGAUCAUUCGAAGCGCAUCCAGGACGCGAUUCUGGAUUAUCAGAUGGACAUGGCGGCUAAGGAAAAGGUCUGGGGCGUUGUUCAGUCGUCUCAGCCCACUGCCGUCAAGGUUGGGCAGCUGAUGAGUCUGGGGUUGGACCAGGAGCUACUUGGGCCUGUGAUGGAGUUGCUUUUGGCGGACAGUCGAUAA